AUGGCUAGCUUAGCUGUGGCAGUAAGAACCAACAUCAUCACAGACCAAUUAGCUCUUCUUGCUCUCAAAGCCAAUAUCACUGAUGACCCUCACGAAUUCUUGGCAACCAACUGGUCUACCUCUACUUCUGUUUGCAACUGGAUUGGCAUCACUUGCGGUGCCAAACACCUUAGAGUCACUGCCCUGAAUCUCUCUCACAUGGGUCUCACAGGAACCAUUGCUCCACAUGUGGGAAACUUAUCGUUCCUCUCUCAUUUAUCCUUUGAAAACAACAAUUUUCAUGGCUCUCUGCCCAACGAGUUGUCUUCUUUGCGUCGAUUGCAAGUUGUCAGCUUUGCAUCGAACUCCUUUUCUGGAGUGUUACCAUCAUGGUUUUGGUUCUUCCCUAAGCUUCAAGAGUUGUAUGCUAAAAGCAACCGGUUCAACGGUACUAUCCCAGUAACUCCAUGCACCAUAUCGUCACUGCGAAUAAUUCAUCUCAGACAAAACAUGCUUUCAGGAAGGAUACCAAGAAGUUUAGGAAAUUGUACUUCCCUCGAGAUAAUUCACCUGGAUGAUAACAAGUUUACAGGUGAAGUACCACUCGAGAUUGGGAAUCUUCAAAAUUUAAGGAAAUUAACUCUCGCCAAUAACAGUUUAACUGGUGUCAUCCCAAAUGCAAUCUUCAAUAACUCAAAAAUUGAAUUCAUUAGUCUAUACAUGAACCAACUCUCAGGCCAUCUUCCAUCAAGCAUGGGCAAUUGGCUUCCAAAUCUUAAGAUGAUUUACCUAUGGGGUAAUAAUCUAAAUGGAACAAUCCCUCACUCUAUCUCAAAUGCUUCUAAGCUCACCGAAUUAGUGAUGGGUGCGAACUAUAUUUCGGGAUCUAUUCCUAAUACUAUGGGAAAUUUAAAGCAUCUGGAGAGGCUCAACUUAGUUGACAAUUUGUUGACCAGAGAAUCUUCAAAUAUAGAAUUGAGUUUUCUUUCAUCUUUGACAAAUUGCAAAAAUUUGACAUCUGUAGUGCUAUCAGAUAAUCCAUUGAAUGGCAGCCUUCCAAUUUCCAUAGGAAAUUUCUCUACUUCUCUUGAAGAAUUUGUAGCUUUUAAUUGCAGCCUAAAGGGCAUCAUUCCUAAAGAGAUUGGUAAUUUAGGAAAGUUGACGGCUCUACACCUAGAGGACAAUGAAUUGACCGGACCUAUUCCAACUACAAUUGAAGGAAUGAGACAACUCCAAGGUUUGUUUCUUCAGCACAAUCGAUUGCAAGGAUUCAUCCCAGAUGGUAUGUGUAAUUUAAGAAACUUGGUUGAAUUAUCUUUAGAUCAUAAUGAGCUCAUGGGUCCUAUACCAACAUGUUGGGGAAGUCUCUCUAAACUAGAAAAGUUGUACUUGAAUUCCAACAAGUUGACAUCCAUACCCUCAUCACUUUGGAGUCUUAAAGACAUACUGCAAAUAAACUUGUCUUUCAAUUCCUUAAGUGGCCAUCUACCAAUAGAAUUUGGGAAUUUGGAGCAUGUAACACAAAUGGACCUAUCAUGGAAUCAUUUGUCAGGUGUCAUCCCUAAUAUUACAGAUCUAGAAUCUUUGGUAAACCUCUCUAUAGCACAUAACAAAUUUGAAGGUCCUAUUCCUAUGUCAUUUGAUAAGUUGAUAAGUAUGGUGCGUUUAGAUCUAUCUAAUAACAACUUGUCAGGAGAAAUUCCCAAAUCCUUAAUGAAACUCAAAUAUCUCAAAUAUUUCAAUGUGUCUUUCAAUAGAUUACGUGGUGAAAUUCCAUUUGGAGGUUUUAUUGCUCAAUUCUCAGCUCAAUCAUUCAUGGGAAAUCAAGCAUUAUGUGGUGCACCUCAACUGCAAGUUCCACCCUGUGAAGCAAGGAAUGUUGGAAAAUCAAAGACAAUCACCGCAAUCAGUGUAAGAUAUAUCUUACCAAUAAUGAUAGCAGUAAUACUUGCAUUAGUCCUCGUAUUUGUUCUAAUGAGACACCAAAAGAGAGAUGCAAAACUAAAAGGUCAAGGAGAUUUGAUUCCUCUAGCAACAUGGAGAAGAAUAACAUACCUAGAACUUGAACAAGCAACAGAUGGAUUUAAUGACAGUAACUUAGUUGGGGAAGGGAGUUUUGGCUCGGUAUACAAAGGGAUACUUUCAGAUGGGACUAGUGUUGCAGUGAAGGUUUUUAAUUUGAAUAUAGAAGGAUGGUUUAAGAGUUUUGAAACUGAAUGUGAUGUAUUGUGCAAAAUUCGCCAUCGGAAUCUUGUGAAAAUCAUCAGUAGCUGUAGUAGCACUGAUUUUAAAGCUUUGGUACUAAAGUACAUGCCCAAGGGGAACCUUAAGAAGUGGUUAUAUUCUCAUAACUACUUCUUGGAUAUGCUACAAAGAUUGAACAUCAUGAUAGAUGUUGCAUCAUCAUUGGAGUAUCUCCAUCAUGGUUGUUCUUUACCUGUUGUUCAUUGUGAUUUGAAGCCUAGCAAUAUUCUGCUAAACAAAGAUAUGGUUGCACAUGUGAGUGACUUUGGCAUUUCAAAAUUCUUAGGUGAUGCAGAUUCUAUGACUCAAACCAUGACACUAGCCACUAUUGGUUAUAUGGCACCAGAGUAUGGAUCCCUAGGGAUCAUUUCCACACGUGGCGAUGUGUAUAGUUAUGGCAUUUUGUUGAUGGAAACAUUCACAAGAAAGAAUCCCACUGAUGAAAUGUUUGCUGGAGAUUUGAGCCUAAAAAGCUGGGUAAAACAGUCACUACCCCUUUCAGUAAUUAAAGUUAUAGAUGCUAAUUUGUUGAAGAGAGGUGAAGUGGAUUUUAAUGCUAAGCUGGAUUGUAUGCUGUCCAUUAUAGAAUUGGCCAUGGAUUGUUCAACAGAGGCACCUGAAGAGAGGAUAAACAUGAUAGAUGUCAUGACAAAACUCAAAAAUAUCAAAUCAAAGUUUCUAAAGGAUGUCGGAGAAGAUUGACAACUGAAAAUGUCCGUAGUAGUUUUUUUUUUUUUUGGUGCUUUUUACUAAUUAUGUUUUGUGAAUCAUGUUAUUGGCUUACUGCUACUCUUAAAAAGACAUAUUGGAAUAAAGUAGCUCAAAGCAUUGUGUGA